AUGGAGUUUAUGAGCGACAUUGGUUCCGGUAUCGAUGCCUAUCGACCUUCAAUAUUUGAACUUAUUUCACAAGAAAGCAUACAGGAAAUGAUUCAGCCUGCUGUUAGAUAUGUUUUAUCGGUUUUUGCACAAAGAUAUCCAAGGUAUUUACUCAGAUUGGUAAAUCGAUUCGAUGAAUUAUAUGCUGUUAUAAUGUUGUUUGUUGAAAAACACUAUUUGGAGGAAUGGAAUGCAUCAUUUUUCGAAAAUUUUUAUGGAUUAAAAAGAACAAGAUUUUUAAGGCCUAAAUUAAAUUUGCCUGACGCAAUACCAGAUACCAAAUUACAAAAGUUAAGGAAUAUUGACAUUUGGAAAUCCUUAUUUGUGUUGAUUUGCGUCCCAUAUGUCAAGGCUAAACUCGAUAAUUUAUAUGAAAAAAUUAGUGGAGGAGCCGGUGCGAGAUUAUUGGGUGGUGCGUUUUUCAUUAGGGAGAAUAUCAAUGAAAGGCAACACAUUCAGGCUUCUCGUAAAGAACGUAUACGCCGUUCUCUAUGUCGUGUUUUCAAGUAUUUUUACCCGUGGGCAAAUGCUUUAUAUAAUGGGUCGAUUUUACUAUACAAUAUCGCUUAUAUGUAUGAUAAAACUCCAUUUCAUACGCCUUGGUUAAAACUUAUAGGCAUUCAAAUACGAAGAAUGAGCGCAGAGGAUUAUCGUGAGCAUAUAAGACAUCAAAAUCAAUCACGUCAUUUUGCUAAUUUUCGAGAUAUGACGAAGCUUCAAGUUACUCGUUAUAUUUUAGCAAUGAUUUUUUAUCAAGGACUUGAUUUUCUUAAAAUCUUGUUACCAAUGUCUAUUUUCUUUUUCAAAUUUUUGGAAUGGUGGUAUUCUAGUGAAUUUUCUAAACGUUCUGGUGGUGGCGAUGAUAUUGACAUACAGCCGCCAGACAUUGUGCUGCCUGAUCCACGUGGUAUUCCACUUCCUGAAUAUCCUAAUAUUUGUCCUCUUUGCUCUUCGCAACUAACGAAUCCAACUGCGAUUCCCUCUGGCUAUGUCUUUUGUUACACGUGUAUAUUUAAUUAUGUUGAAGAAUUCAAUAGAUGUCCUGUUACAUUGAUAAAGAUUAGAACCGAUGAAUUAAGAAAAGUCUACAAUUCAGCAUCAUAA